AUGGCCUCGGGCACAACUAAGACAAUGAAGGAGGAAGCCACCUGCCCCAUCUGCCUGCAGCUGAUGACUGAGCCCAUAAGCAUAGACUGUGGACACUUCUUCUGCUGUUCUUGCAUAAUGCAAAAUAUUGAGAACGAGCAACAGCAGUCUCUGUCACAGGGAAUCUUUUGGUGUCCUGUAUGUAGGGCACAGUUUCAAAGGGAGAGCUUUCGGCCCAGUAAGCAGCUAGAAAGCAUCAUUGACACCAUUAAAAAGAUGGAGCAGGAACAUCUGUGUGAAGAACAUGGAGAGAAGCUCAGCCUGUUCUGUGAAGACGAUGGUCAGCUCAUCUGCUGGUUAUGUGAGCGGAAACCACAGCACAAAGGACACACCACGGUCCUUGCUGAAGAUGUCUGUCAAGGCUACAGGGAAAUAUUCCAGGAAACUUUGACAUCCCUAAGGGAUCAAGAAAUCAAAAAUAAAGAAUGGCAAGGCAACAUAAGUGAGAAAAUAGAAAAAGUUGAGUCUGAAUUUCUGCAUGAAAAAAAUCGCUUCAUGUAUAGAUUUGCCAUGUGUCACGUGAUACUAUACAUGGAGGAGAAAUCUUAUCUCAGGAGACUGGAGAAUAAAAAAGAGGAGGUUCUGAAGACACUGCAGGGCAUUGAAGCCCAGCUGGUGAAACAAAGCCAGGAACUGAACAAACACAUCCUGGAGCUGGAGAGGAAAUGUCAGGGCUCAGUCCAGGAGUUACUGCAGGAUGUGACAGACACUUUGGACAGGAUUUCUGCUAUGAAGUCAAAUGCACCAGAGGAUGUCUCAUGGGCUCUUCAUGCUAAGUCUGAACGUGACCGCAUUUUCUCUCAAUUUCUAAAAAUGUUUAAGACUGCUUAUGUUACAGUUACUGUAGAUCCAGAUACAGCUCACAAUAAUCUACUUGUGAACAAAGAUAAAGACAAUGUGACUCAUGGAUCAGCCCAAGUGAAGCAUGAGACUCCUGCUAGGUUUAAAGACUUACCCUGUGUCCUGGGAUGUGAGGCCUUCAAUUCAGGAAAACAAUUCUUUGUAAUAUAUACAGUAAGCGGACCUGAGUGGGAUGUUGGUGUUUGUAGGGAAAAUGUGCCAAGAGACAAUUGCAUGAGACGGAAUCCUGAGUCUGGAUUCUGGGCCAUCAGACAUUGUAAAGAUUAUGGCUAUGUAGCUCUUACAAAUCCCCUAACUCCUCUUCCUCUGAAGAAUGUUUUCAACAUAGGGGUUUUUGUGGACUAUGAGGCCGGACUUGUCUCCUUUAAUGACCUGAAUACUCGCUCCCACAUCUUCACUUUCCAAAAGGCCUCUUUCUCUGAACCUAUCAGGCCUUAUUUCCGUAUUGGUGAAGAUUCUGCUCUGUACUCACAGCCAGCGAAAAAAAAAUGA